AGCUUUUCCUCUUUCUAUAUAAGAGAAUGGAUUUAGAUGAAUAAAAUACAGAAAAUUUCUCAAAUCUCUUGUUUCAUGGUAUCAGAGCCCUUCUAGGGUUUUAUUCUCUUUCGACGACUUUUUGCUUAUCUCCUCAGAAGGCGAAUUGUUCGUCCAGAUCAGCACCACGUCCGAGGACGACACGAUCCUGUUCUAGUGGUUAACUGGGGCUGCGAUUGUCAUCAUCACGUCUGUGUGGCUGCGCAUCAUAUCUCGACAUACGUCUGACCAAGUUGCUAGGAGUCUCUAGCAAGCCACUUCUUCAGAUUUGUCCAUUCUAUCUCUUCUCUUUAUUUAUUUAAGUUAUGACAUCUUCUACCAAUCAAUUUCCUCAACUAGAUGUCAAAUUAUCUGGUUCUAAUUACCGGGAGUGGUCGGUGUCUGUAAAACUUUUACUUGAUGCCCUAGACUUAACAGAUCAUAUUAAUGACACUAGCCCUCCUGCUGAUGAGAAGAAACUCAAAGAGUGGAAUAAUGCUGACAGACGUACUCGUGGAAUUAUAUCCACGUCUGUAGAAAUUGACAUCAGAAUGCAGUUGGUGAGUUUCACUACAGCUCAGCAAAUGUGGGCUCAUCUUCAAAAACUAUAUGAGCAAUCUAGCCAUGCUCAAUCAUAUGCUGAAUUCCAAGAGAUCACAUCGGCCCAUCAAGGUGAACGCUCCAUUCAGGAGUUCUAUAGCUUUAUGCAAGCACGGUGGCGCCAACUAUCCAUCAUGGACGAAUCAUUAUGCCAGACUUGUUUGGCUUGCACUUGUGCUACCAAACAAACGCAAAUUCGUGAUCAACAGCGUCUUUUUCAAUUUAUUAUGCGUCUACGGCCAGAGUUCGAGGCCUUACGAGGCCAACUUCUUCAUCGAUCUCCGCUACCCACCAUUGAUGCUGCACUUGCAGAGCUUAUUGCAGAGGAAACUCGUCUUCGAGUAUUGCAUUCCUCCAGUCCUUCAACACCGACUGUACUUGCUGCUCCCAAUCAAGUUCCUCCUGAGCCUUUGAGUUCUACUAAUUCGUUUGUUCCUCGAAAGAACAAACGCAAUAUCCAAUGCAAAUAUUGCCAACUCUGGGGGCAUCAUAUUCAAGAUUGCAGGAAAAAGAAGUGGGCUGAUCAACAACGACAUUCUCCACGUGGUUAUCCUGCUGCUGCUUCUACUUUGCAGAUCGAGCAUCCUUUCAAUACUUCUUCUAACAACAGCAAUCUGAAUAACUCGACUCCAAAAGAGCCAGAAUCCAGUCCUCAGACAUCAUCAGCACCACCAGGUUUUGGUUCCCUUUCAACACCUAGCUUUGGAGGAUCGUCGAACAGGGACUUUGAUUGGACAGGGCCAUAGGCGUGAUGGCUUGUACUACAUGGAUCAUCUGCAUCUACCAUCCAACCAUAACUCUGUUAACGCCACCACUACUUCAACCAUCUCUAGCUCUACUUUAUGGCAUC